AUGAAUCACGGGUAUUUAUGGGCCGUCACAAAAGCGGGUACACCACAAAGAAUAAACUCUAAAGAGAAGCCUGAAGCGAACGAGAUCUAUGAUUGGGAGGAUUUUCCUGUGCAUGGAGUCGGCGGUGAACCUGUACAUAUCAUAAAACUAGCCUCAACCCCCGAAGUCGUUUUUGCUAUUGAUCGAGGCGGGCAUGUCUACGUGUUUAGCACACAAACGCAUUUGGCCAUUCGACAAACCGUUACGACAUAUUCGAAUCAGAGAUGGUAUCCGGUGAUUGGAUGGUGUUCUCACACAUUACCCACCGAUCGUCCAACUUUCUCGAAUCAUGAUGGAACUCAACGAUUAACUUUUGAAUCGUUUUCAUUGAGAUCAGAUGGAUGGCGAUGGGAAGAACCGUGGCUUGUUGCACAGGAUUCAAGGCGAUUCGAUAAAGAGGGCUGGGAGUACGGACUAAAUUUCGGGCGCUCGAUCGACUGGACAUCUUCUCAAAAGUCAACUUCUUUUGUUCGGAGACGACUUUUCAAAAGAACAAUGAGAUUUGUGGCCAUCGAACACUGGAUACAAAUGGCGAUGACAAAUUCAGAGCACAAAUUUCUCGACCUUUGCGCCGGGAAUUUCGCAUCGGGAAGUGAGGGAGCAUUUGAUUUGUUUGCUUUAUCGGAAUUUGGGAGAAUUUAUCGACGAGAGGGUGUCUGUAGGAAUAAUCCGGAGGGAUCAAAAUGGGGUCAAAUCGAGGGGAUUUCAUCGAAUGACGGAGGUUUCGAGGAUAUCUCAGCAUUAGGCACCUCGGCAGCGCAUCGUUGUCUCUUGGUGUUGACAUGGGAUGGAAGAUUGUAUGCGAGAUGGGGAAUGACACCCGAAAGACCCCAUGGAAGGGGAUGGAUGCCGAUCAAUCUACCCGGUUCUCAACCGAUCACUGGCUUUGCUCUUGGCUACACAUCACUUUGGAUUGUUUCUGUUGAAGCAAAGAUCUUCACUUCAAAUGUGAGCGUCGAUCACAAAGGCAUUCAUUUGACGCAAACGAAUUUCCGAGAAGCCGGUGAAGCGAUGUGCCGGAUGAGUUGUUCGCGGAAUGAUCAGGUGUUCGCAAUCGCAAAUGGCACGGAAGUGCUACAUGUGAGAACGGGCGUUUGCCCCGAGGAACCAUAUGGGAAAAUUUGGACGCCGAUGGUGCAUCGAAAUGGAGAAAAUCGAAUGUUACAAGUGGACGCCUCAACGGUGAGCUUCACUCAUCGACGCAUCCCGAAAGCGUGGAUUGACGAGAAUUUUGCCCCGUCCACUCUCGAUCUCUCGCAGAUUCGUGAUGCACAAUGGAGGGUUAAGAUUAUUUCCGAACUCCGCGAGAUGAAUGACCGUUGUUGGGGUGUUUUCCAAGAAUCAAUCGAUGGACCAGAGAUAGAGAAUUUCGCGAGAACGGAUGAUCAAAAAUGGAGACUAGAGACAAGAGUGGCUGCAAUUAUUGCAAAUACAGGUCUUCUCAAUUGGUCGGAAGGGGUUUUUCAAUUGAGUGACACGGAGAUCCAUGUCACACUAAAAAGAGGAACCGUUUAUCGGAGACCGUUGGAAGAUUUGUGCGCAAUUUAUCCAAUUUCUUCUUCAAAACCCGCAAUUUGCGUAUCGAUGAGACCACUGUCGUCCAGUUCGUUGAUUCGAAUCGGUUUCUCAACAGACGAUGAAAGAGUUCAAUGGAUACAUGAAUUGGAAAAGGAAAUCCGUCGCUGUGCCGUCCUUCUUCCACGAGAUCGUCGCUCUCAAUGGGCUUUUUCCAUUCUCGACGAUGGAACGCCUCGCUGUCAUGUGAUCAGUCAAAUGCGAGCCGAUAAGAAUAAUACGCAAAUACCCGUUUCCCUUGACUCGGCUCCAACUCUUCUCGUUCCCGGACAUUUCAUUGAUAUUUCUGCAGGCAGUGAACGGGUUGUGUGGGCGAUCACGUCGGCCGGCCAUGUUUACGCUCUCGAGUCUCGUUAUGAUCCAUUGGAUGAAGAAGUUGAGCAUCAAAAGUACGCGUUUUUUCGCGGCUUUUUACCAUUCGAUGGCUGUAGUGGGAAUGUGUAUGCAUGGUGUGAUUUAUUUGGGAAACAAAAGGAUAAAACGAUGAGAUUGCCAAGAGGGUGGACGUGGUCGGACUUGGAGUGGAAACUCAAAUCCGAUUGGGAAUUUGGAGUGAGAUUGGAUGGAGAAUGGGGAGUGGCUGAGAAAAAGGCAAGUGCACGUCGACGGGUUUGGCAACGCGAACGAGUAUUCGAGACAUCGGGUCCAUGGAUACGGGUUGAUUGUCCUCCCGCAGAAAGUGUUCAUGUAUCAAGAAAUAAUGAUAUGAUUUUAACAUGGGUGAUCACGAAGUCGGGUGAUGUUUUGGUGCGUUUGGGAUGCUGUCGAGCUGGCCCACAAGGACAAGAUUGGUUUCAUGUAUCCUCGGAAUGGCCAAUUCGUCUCCUUUGCAUUUCGAGUGGAAAUCGUGUGUGGGCGCUCACGAAAUGCAAUCGUUUAUUGGUGAGAGAAUGCGCGAAUGCGGUCGAUAUCUACAAAAUUGAUUGGCGUGAGGUGAUCGUCGAGGAAGUGACUCUCUCAGAGAUCAUCGAAAUCACCGCCUGUUCGCGAGUGUUGUGGAUGCUGAGAAAUGACGGGAGGAUGCUUGGUGUUUGGCUGUUUUCCAGAAAAGUCCGGGUAUUUACUUUACCGAAUCCGGAACGAGAUCCCGCUUCGUCGGAUUACGGUCGAUCGAGACGGGAAUCUCUGGGCAAUAGGGCAACAAGAGAUUUACCGCAAAAAUGGAACAAUCCGGGAAAUUCGACGCUCUCGACCUCUCGAAUACGAGAUUCCGUGGGAGAAAAUCGAAAUGAACGACAUUUU